AUGAAGCUCUCCUCGACCCUUGUUGCUGCUUUUCUGAGCGGCACUGCUGUCGCUCAAGCGCCCUUGUAUGGGCAAUGCGGAGGCUCUGGCUGGACUGGAGCGACUUCGUGCGUGUCUGGUGCCUCAUGCGUCGCGUCCAACGAAUGGUACAGUCAAUGUCUACCGUCUGGCUCUGGCGCGUCAUCAACAACCUUGACGUCCUCGACAAGGACAACGACUUCGAAGACAUCUUCGACCAAGUCGUCGUCGACCAAGACAACAACAAGCAAGGCCUCUACGACUUCUGGGUCUAGCGGUGGUACCCCACCGGCAGGCGUCACCACGGUAUUCCCUGCGGCUGCCGGGGAGUCUGCAGCAGCCUCGCCAAUUCUUGUUCCCGCUGGCGCUUCCUAUGAUGGUGGCAUGAAGCGAUUCUCUCGCAACCCCGACACCUGCCAAGAACAGACGGAGACCGACGAGGCUGCUGCCAUGUUUAUCCUCGAAGACGGAGCCAAGAUCUCAAAUGCCAUCUUGAGCAAAGCCCAAGCCGAAGGGAUCCAUUGUCGCGGAGCGUGCACAAUCCAGAACGUCUGGUGGGAAGAUGUGUGCGAGGACGCCGCCACCUUCAAGCAGGCAGCCGGCUCGACAUCGUACGUUAUCGGCGGUGGCGCACGGGGUGCCUCAGACAAGAUCUUCCAGUUCAAUGGGCGAGGCACAGUCUCCAUCAAGAACUUCUAUGCCGAGGACUAUGGAAAAGUCGUUCGCAGUUGCGGUGAUUGCACGGCGAACGGAGGACCCCGCAAUGUCAUCCUCGACAACGUUGUUGCCAAAGAUGGCGGCGUCCUCUGCGGCAUCAACUCCAACUAUGGCGAUACUUGCCGCAUCUCCAACAGUUGUCAGGACUCGGGCAAGAGCUGCGACCGAUACAAGGGUGUUGUGAAGGGUGAAGGCAGCACCUCGAAGAUCGGUAGCGGUCCUGACGAUGUCUCCUGCUUCGUGUCCGGCUUCAGCGAGACUUGCUAA